CCCUUUGUGCAUACAUCCCCUGAGCAGAUGCGAUCUUGCUUCCACCUGAGCUGCGGACUAAUACUGUGCGAGCUCAGGAACUCUGACAGUAAACUCGUAGCUCAUUGGUUCUCCUGGUAGCGACUCAGAGGAGGAGAGAGUCCUCGGUAAACAGAGUAAUGAUGCGUACAGGCUCAGCUCUGCUCUCUGCCGACCCGGACGCUUCACUGCACUCAGUUCAGCUUUCACUCGGCCGGUUUGUGUGAAUCUGAUCCUGUAACACACACACUCAGUGUUUAGUUUCAGUGGCGGUGCUGGUGAGGGUCUGUAUAUCUACCUGCUGCCUCACUCUGCAUGCUGCUCAACUGUUCCUGAGACUCCUCUCAGAGAGCUUAAACAGCAGAAACACCAGAACCAGUAUCAUUAAUAUAUAGAAGCAGGAGUCUUAACCAUAAUGGUGAAGAGGCUGCAGCUGGAGUACUAAACCUAGUACAGCUGGUAGUAUUAGUAGUAGUUAGUAGUUAUUCAGUACUUAUAGGUGAUGACAGACUGCAGGCUGGACUACAUUGAGCUGCUUCAACAGGAAGUCAACAAGAAUCCUGACAGGCUGGUGGAUGUGGGGAAGGAGGAGGAGCAGGAGGAGACCCCUCCACCCUGCAGGACCCUCCCAGCGCCCUGCUCCAUCCCGAGAAGGCUGGUCAUCUCCCCGAGCCUCGGAGGAACACCGGUCACCCCACAUCUGACAGAGAGCUUGAGGAGGAUUUUAUUUGGUGGAACGUUUCACGUCUUCAACUACGAGUGGAGGAAAUCUUUCUUCCAGUUUAGAGAGCCGAACUCUGAGUUGUCCUUCGCUCUGGAGACUGACAGGGGCGGGGCUCAGGCCGUUCAGAUGGUCGUCCAGGCUCGCAUCAUUAAAUACCUGCUGUUCAGCCGGCAGAGCAGCUCAGAGGGACGGACGCUGCACAGUCUGUGUGAGGUAGGUCAGAGGGAGCAGGAGAGGGCGUUGGCGGCAGCGUUGUCUGACAGCCUCUGGUUGGCCGGCCAGGAGCUCAGUGCCACCGUUACCUUGGUAACCGAAGACUACUGCAUCACACCUCACUUGGACUACAAACUGGACAACUUCACAGAGAGGCUGCAGCUGUUCACAUUUAACAAGAAAGAAGACGUCAGAAAGUUCAUCCUCGAUCACAUUCAGUGUUUUAAAGAGGAGGGAAGUCAUGGAGUCAUCUUGUUCCUGUACAGCCUCAUCUGCUCCCGCACAGUCGACAGGCUGAGGGAGGAUCUGGACUCCACCACCUCCCAUCUGCUGUACAUCAGUCUGGGCAACUUCGUCUGUCGUCAGGCUUUACUGAACCUGUUGCUGACAGGCAGAGCCAGUCCUCACGUCUUCAACGGGACUCUGUACUUUGGGGAGGACGGCCGGCCUCUGGAGCGCCCCCUGCAGGGCAUCCUGACUCGCAGCGAUGUGGGAUAUCUGCACUGGAGCCGAGAGCAGAUGGAACGAGGCAGACUGCCACAGGUGGGCAGCAUGUUGAAGACUCCCAGGUUUCCAGUCUGGGUUUGUUGCAUCAACAGCAGCUUCUCGGUUCUGUUCAGUCUGAACCGCUCGCUGCUGUCCGACUGGAAGAUGGAGCAUCUGUUCCACCUCUACUUCUACAGCGGCCAGCCCUCCCAGAAAACCACAGCCAGACUGACCAUCGGUGAGUCACGCUCUGCUCCUCCAUCACCUGCUGCCGUCUGUGCGUCUCUAACACAGCGUCUGUCGUCUUCUGUAGAUACUCAUUCCCACCACUGGGAGGCGUCGCCCAGGAACUCAGGCGGAGACCCGGAGAAGAGGUUUCCUUCACUGGAGAUGACCGUCAGGACCAAGUGGGACGGAGCCGCCAUCAACUGGAACGGCACCUCGCCUUUCUACUGAGCAGGAAGAAGAUCCACAUACCAGACCUGAUCAGACUGCAGAGAAUCUGGAUCCAGAGAGGACGUCGGAUCCCUGCUCUGCCCCAUAACUGUGUUUUUAGGUCACAAAGUUCUGAUGAACCCACAAAAUAAAAGUCAUUUUCAGUGCUGUAUUUUUUUUUUUCAAUCUCAAUACAUUUUAUGACCAAAAAUAAAGACUCAGGUGCAACUUUAUUUCAAAUCACGGUUUUCAAGGAUCAACCACAGACUGUAGAGCUGCGACCAUUAAUCAAUUAGCUGAUUGACAGAAAAUUUUUAGCAGAAAUGCAAAAUAUUUGAUGUUUCAAGAUUCUCAAAUGUGAGAAUUUUCUGCUUUUACUUGUUUUGGUUGAACAAAACAGGCAAUACGAGGACAACAAUAACUGUUGCAGCUCUACAUAAUACAUGAAAAGGAAAUAUAUGUAACAACAUGAGUUCCACUUUAUUUCUUUGGCACUCUUAAUCUUCCAUACGGGUACAUUGUGCACAUGGAAUCUCCAUUUUAUUGUGUGAGUCCCAGAGAACAACCAGUAAUCCGUUUUUCAUGCAGUUUACGACUAUUUGUGUACUUAAAUGCAGCUGUAUUGUUCACUCUUUGCUUUUAUGUUGUUCAUAUUGUAUGUGAUAAUAUGAACCAUUCA